GCUGGGGAACCUCGUCUUGGAUUUUUUUUGCGAGUUCACUGGCCGCAUUUCUCGUUUUUUUUGUUUGCUGGGAUUGGGGUUCGUUGCCUCACGUCACGGCUACAGGAAACGGAAUCUCCGCAACCCCCCGACGUCGCUGUCAUUCUGCAGUCCGCUUUUCCCUGCGCUGUUCCAACGCCAAGGCGGUGUUUCUUUUUUUUCCCGUGUAGAGCGUUUCACCUACCCUUGGUCGUCGUAGCCGCGUGCGUCCGCCGACACUCUUUGAACUGCCAACGUCGUCUUGUUUCGUCGGUUGCCGUUCUAACUUAUAUAUAACCAGCGCUACGCUGCGCGAUCAAUAGAGUUACUCGGGUUUUACACCCCGUCCCCAUUUGCUCGCUGUUGGAGAGCGGGGCACAACUUUCGUCCUAUCGGGGAGCCGCUCGCAGCAGUAGGCUACUCUUUCGGAACAGGAGGGGGCUAAAGUGUGGAUAGUAAAGACACUUGCCCGUGACCUAACCAACCAACUCUCGAUGACUUCCGAAGAGGCGGGGGCUUCAGCGCCUAGCAGUGUGGCUGUCCUUGAUCAGCAAACCGCCUCCGACCAGUUAGUCUCAAAAACUGCAGUGUCAAUGUCUUGGGCAAGCUUGGCUCAAAAGGCCGUUAUUACUGAUGUAUCAUCUAAUGGCGCCGCUUCGCCAGCUGCUGAGACUUCAACAAAAGCUGAAGGGCCCACAUCCAGUGAUGUUUUGUCAGCCGGUAUACAGGCAGACACAGAGGAAGUGAGCAAGACAACAGCUGUGGUGGAAGAUCACCAAGUAGAGUCUGAAGAUGGAACGAAGGAGGAGAUGGGCAGCCACAAUGGAUCCGACAAAAAGCAUGUAGUACCCGCCCCUGUUCCGUCAGUGAAUGUUUGGAAGAUCCGGUUAGAGGAACAGCAAAAGCAGGCUGACCAAAACCGCAAAACGUCGCAGCACAAAAAUCACGAGGAGCGGAGACAACGACAAGCCGCUAAGGACAAAGCCCGUAAGGAACAAGAAGAGAAAGAUGCUGCAGAGGGCUUUGUAAAAGUCCAAUCUAAAAAAACGGGGAAAAAGAAGACCUCUAAGGCGUCGCAGCAGGCUGCAUCCUCAACAGCCGCUUCGUCCACUGGAACUACCGCCAGCAAAAAAUCUGUUUCUAAUAAAGAAGGGGGAACUACUGAGGAAGUGACAUUGUCCAAGCCAGCAGUGUCUGAAAAGGACGAGGUCACACCUGAGCCGACGGAAGUAAAGGAUGGCGCAAAGAGGCCUCGGGAAACACGAACUGGCCCUAUAGCUGCCAAGAUUGUACAAACUGCUGCUCGGAGCGAAAAUCUCCUCGCCAAAGAGGCGGAACCUGCCGUCGCUCCUGUAUCUAACUUGGGAAGUGAGCUCUGGCCAACCCUUGGCAGCGCCCCCACAUCACCACCUCGCCCUGCUCCUGCUUCAUCUACCUCACCAACACCCACCGCCAAGGAAAUUCAUAAUUCAACAUUGUCGGGCUCCAAAAAGGCUGCCUGGGCAAAAUUGGACGUUCCGAUCCAUUAUCCUCCCCCUGCUUCGCUCGCCCCUCGCGGUUCAAGUCGGUCUGGAAAGUCUAGCGGCAAACGGUCUGAAGAGCAGCAGCAGAAAGGAAAGAUCGCUGGAGAGGCUGUUGCAAAAGAAACAACCUCAGCGCCGUCUGUUGGUACAUCUGGAGUCCACUCUAGUCCACGGGUAGAUACUACCAGGCAACGCAGCCGUGGUCCACGGAAUGCACCGCAGCAGCAGGCACCCUCUCGGGGCCCCAGAAGGGGAUCAAACGCAUCUGUCGCGUCAGCCGCGUCUACUGCUGGUGGUACUUCACCUGCACAUACUGGUUCGGUCGAAAAUGCAAUCCCGGCUGCACACCAUGUGUAUGCACCUAAUCAGUCGCGAAGCAGGCGUGGAGGUCGCGGAGGUCGCGGCCGGUCCAGCAUCAGCCGAGGGCCGCGUCAAUAUUAUGGUUAUGUUAAUGGCUAUGCUCAGCCUGUUCUUGGCCAGCUCCAGGCGGGGCCAUAUGCUGCGCCGUCUGGAGCGUACUAUGGGUACCCUGACCCUGAAGCUGUUGAUGUAGAGACCGUCAAAUGGUGGAUCCGUACCCAAAUUGAAUACUACUUUUCUGUUGAGAACCUUUGCCGGGAUAUCUACUUCCGUCGCCAAAUGAAUGCGACCAAUGGUGGCGUGCCCCUUCGGCUCAUCUCAGGUUUCAACCGGGUGCGAUCGUUAAUAAAUGUUGCCAAGUCAAAGACACAGGCGCUGCAGGCCAUGUCUAUGACGCCGUUGAGCCCCGUUGGCGACAAAACUGGCGAAGUGGCUACUGAGCCGGUGGAGCGGAGCGUGAAUGAAAGUACUCUGUCGGUUUCAAAUGUCGAUGUCGAAGCUCCGACAUGGACGAAUGAACUCCUUGGAUCCGCAGUGCAGGGUAGCGACCUCGUGGAGAUUAUUGUAGAUGGCACAGGAGAACAUUUUGUGCGUCGUCGCGACAAUUGGGAGUUUUGGUUGCUUCCACAGGACUCUACCGACCCGACCAAAGUGAGUGAUAGCGUCAGCUCUGCCAAUGGUUCACAGCUUCCACCCUCUCCGGCGUCCCAAAAGCAGGCCUCAGAGGCGGAGUCGAGGUCAUCACUUCCUCAGACACCGAGAAUGCCUACGCCGCCACAAUCGCCCGCGGAUGCGUACACAAACAACAAAGAAAGCACCUCUGAACCCGGCCACCCAAACGGGGUUGGCCCAGCCGUGGGAGCUGGGCGACACCAGGACGACAGCUCGGUGCACCUUGCAGCCGAUGAGAUAGAAGAAGGGUGGGAGAAGGCGCCAGCGCGGAGGCGACAGCCCAAGCAGAGGGCUGCGGACUUCUCACUGUUUGCUGUGAAAGGUUCAGGUCAGAUGGCACGUAGCGAGAGUAAUCAGACCAUCGCUGAAACGGAGGAUAUCUUUGAGCUUGAGGAGGAAGGCGACGAGUGGGUUUCACAUCCAGGUCGGAGUGGACGUAGACGGUUCAGCAAUGCUGGUUUUAGCGAGUUGACCGAGGUCCGUGUUGCCAACGGUUACCGUAGUCAAAAUUGCACAGACUCUGAAGAUGAUGAGGAUCCCGAUAUUGUGGUUGUAGCUCGGCACAUUCCAGUGGUGCCUAAUGGAACCGUGAAUUCGGAAAGUGGGUACGACUCAGCAGAGGAUUGGCACGAUAUUGACGAUGACGAUGUGGACGCAUUGCUGAUUGUUACGCAGCGAACUGAUGACGGUGGGCAAAUGAUUGUGACCGUCCCGAGCAGCCCUCCCUACCAACUCGCGUCAGGCCACGCUCAACCAGCGUCUCAGGCGGUUCAUUCUCACAACCUUCCGCCGCGUAAGCAUGCAACCGCACCGUUUGAGCGCUCUCGUGCGGAGCAGGAGCUGAAUGAGAUCAUCAAUGAAGGCUUGUAUUACUAUGAGCAUGAUUAUUUGACUCCGAAAAAGCCAAAGAAUAAGGUGCUGGCUGUUGAUGGCGACCAGUUUGCAGCAAUGCAGAACGGUAUGCAUUCUCCCAAACCAUACAUUGGUGCGCAGGGCGGAUACUUUGAGGAUCUUCAUGGGAAGAAUAAGGCUAGCAAGACCGUCCCACCCCAAAUUGCUAGUUCCGCACCUAAACCCAUCAAAACACCUCGGCGGUACUGGGAUGCGGGAGCAACCUCAGCUUCUCCUCCUGUUGGCUACUUGAUGGGGGUAUUGGGCAGCUCGUUAACUGACUCUGGAAAAGCCCCUGAGCAAGUCAAUGGCAAAUACUUGGAUAUUCCCACUCGGAAUAGCCAGAGCACAUCCAGCAACUUGAGCACGAGUGUUGGGUCUCAGGCAGGCAGCUUAACCGAGGGCCGUUUGAGUUUCAAAGAGUUUCCGGCCUUCCAACAUCCCAGUUACGAACUCUUGCGCGAGAAUGGAUUCAUCCAACACAAAUACUCCAAAUACCACGCCAAAGCUCUGAAGGAACGUAAACGAUUGGGCCCCGGCUUAUCCCAGGAGAUGAACACCCUGUUCCGGUUCUGGUCUCAUUUCCUCCGAGACCAUUUCAAUAAUCGCAUGUACAAUGAAUUUCGUCGACUAGCUACCGAGGAUGCAGCAGCAGGAUACCGCUAUGGCCUCGAAUGUCUCUUCCGGUUUUACUCUUAUGGUUUGGAGAGCCGGUUCCGGUCCGACUUGUUCCAAGAUUUCCAAGAUAUGACCGUGCAUGACUAUGUCGGCAUGAAACAAUUGUAUGGUUUGGAGAAAUUCUGGGCGUACCUGUACUACCGGAAGGACAAGGCGAAGCGGCCCGAAAUCGAUGACAUGGUCAACGACGUCCUGAAGAAUGCUCUAAAAGAGUUUAAGACCAUUCAAGACUUUAAGAAGGAAAAGCAGCGACGCGGAAUCUUGGAUGGCGACGAUCGUGAGAAAACGGCUCGGAGAAAUCAAGCUGUAAAGGGUUAUGUUCGAGGAAAGGGAAAGAGCAAGAAGACUAAAGGUCACGGGAAUCAGCAGCAGCCGCCAUCGGUGACAAACGGUGGAGACGGUGACGGAGUCCUCUUUGAGAUGGAAAUGGAAUUUCCGCCAUUGGGGAAAUGAAAAACGAAAAAAAAAAAAUCAAAACGAUCAUCUUUUUUACCAUGUGAUAUAGACUUGUGGAUCCAUUUGGUUUGGCAUGGCGAGAACCUUGUUUAGAUGCUUGGAUAAUGCGAAAAUUGGAUGGACUACUGUUCGCGGGAUUGCAUCGCUAAUUGGAGGAGGGCGGUGGUGGUUAUUUGUGCAUGCCUGUAUUGGAGGAGGAUGGAGGAGAUCAACACUUGAGGAUACUAGUUUAUCUGUUUUGCGUUCUGACGCAUACGGUCGAAGCGAGUCGAGUCAGGGGGCGUGAAGUGCGGUCUUUUUUUUAUCGCAUUGUGUAAGAUGCAAUGUUUCCUAUUUCUUUUUUUUUGUUCUUUGCAGGUGUGCUUGUUUUCACUGCAAGGCCCCCUUUUGUAUUUUCUUGAGUUGUGUGUUUCUGUCAUGGUUGUCGGGGUGGGCGGUUCCUUUUUCAAGUGAAGUAUCAUUAUAAAAUUCACACGAUUGGUGUUUUUCAUUAUAUUUUUCAUGUUCUACUCUCUCAGUACGCUUGGCAAGAGCAUAUUGCCAAAAACAUUGCACAAAAAA